UAAAGAGGAGAGAGCUGAGCGGGGCUGAACAAUAGAGACAGGCGGACGGGCGAGGAGAGCCAGCUGCCGCUGCCGGGCACCGCGGGCGCGCAGGCAGCGGGGACCCCCGGCCUGGGCCAGACAGCAGGCGGCCAGCGCCCCAGGGAAGGGACCAUGGGGGAACCGGCGGCAGGCGCCCCCAGCCCGCCGUGCGCCGCCGCCUGAGGAGGGUCGGCGCUAACCUCCGCCGCAGACCCCCGCCCCGCGCCCGCGCCCGGAGCCCCGUGGCCACCGGCUCAGUGGCCACGGCCACCGCGCCCUCGGCCCCAGGCUUCGCCGGCGCCCGGCUGCCCGCGGACGCCCUCCCCCAGUCAUGAACCCCCCGGAGGGGGCAGCGGAGGAAGUGGGAGCCGCCGACUCGGACGUGGACGCCUUUUUCCGGACAGGAUCCUUUCGGAAUGAUGGUUUGAAAGCUUCAGAUGUCCUUCCCAUCCUAAAGGAGAAAGUGGCCUUUGUGUCUGGGGGCCGUGAUAAGCGAGGCGGACCCAUCCUGACCUUCCCUGCCCGAAGCAAUCAUGACAGAAUAAGACAGGAAGACCUGCGGAAACUCGUGACGUAUUUGGCCAGCGUGCCAAGCGAGGACGUUUGCAAACGUGGCUUCACAGUCAUCAUCGACAUGCGGGGCUCCAAGUGGGACCUCAUCAAGCCCCUCCUCAAAACCCUGCAAGAAGCCUUUCCCGCCGAGAUCCAUGUGGCCCUCAUCAUCAAACCCGAUAACUUCUGGCAGAAACAAAAGACCAACUUCGGCAGCUCCAAGUUCAUCUUUGAGACAAGCAUGGUGUCUGUGGAGGGCCUCACGAAGCUGGUGGACCCCUCCCAGCUGACAGAGGAGUUUGAUGGUUCCCUGGAUUACAACCAUGAGGAAUGGAUUGAGUUGCGCCUCUCCUUGGAGGAGUUCUUCAACAGUGCGGUACACCUGCUCUCACGCCUCGAGGACCUGCAGGAGAUGCUGGCGCGGAAGGAGUUCCCUGUGGAUGUGGAGGGUUCCCGGAGGCUUAUCGAUGAGCACACACAACUUAAGAAAAAGGUGCUGAAGGCCCCUGUGGAGGAGCUGGACCGGGAGGGGCAGCGGCUGCUCCAGUGCAUCCGCUGCAGUGAUGGCUUCUCAGGGCGCAACUGCAUCCCAGGGAGCGCUGACUUCCAGAGCCUUGUCCCCAAGAUCACCAGCCUCCUCGACAAGCUGCAUUCCACCCGGCAACACCUGCACCAGAUGUGGCAUGUGCGAAAGCUCAAGCUAGAUCAGUGCUUCCAACUGCGGCUGUUCGAGCAGGAUGCAGAGAAGAUGUUCGACUGGAUAAGCCACAACAAGGAGUUAUUUCUUCAGAGCCACACCGAGAUCGGAGUCAGCUACCAGCAUGCACUAGACCUCCAGACACAGCACAAUCACUUUGCUAUGAACUCCAUGAAUGCCUAUGUCAACAUCAACCGCAUCAUGUCUGUCGCUUCCCGCCUCUCAGAGGCCGGCCAUUAUGCCUCCCAGCAAAUCAAGCAGAUCUCCACGCAGCUAGACCAGGAGUGGAAGAGUUUUGCUGCUGCGCUGGAUGAACGCAGCACCAUCCUGGCCAUGUCUGCCGUGUUCCACCAGAAGGCAGAGCAGUUUCUGUCAGGAGUGGAUGCCUGGUGCAAGAUGUGCAGCGAAGGUGGCCUUCCCUCUGAGAUGCAGGACCUGGAGCUGGCCAUCCACCAUCACCAGUCCUUGUAUGAGCAGGUGACCCAGGCCUACACGGAGGUCAGCCAGGAUGGCAAAGCACUGCUGGACGUCCUGCAGCGUCCCCUGAGUCCUGGGAACUCCGAGUCUCUCACAGCCACAGCCAACUACUCCAAGGCGGUACACCAGGUGCUGGACGUGGUACAUGAGGUGCUGCACCACCAGCGGCGGCUUGAGAGCAUCUGGCAGCACCGUAAGGUGCGGCUGCACCAGCGGCUGCAGCUAUGUGUCUUCCAGCAGGACGUGCAGCAGGUGCUGGACUGGAUUGAGAACCACGGUGAGGCCUUUCUCAGCAAGCAUACUGGGGUUGGGAAGUCCUUGCAUCGAGCACGGGCACUACAGAAGAGGCACGAUGACUUUGAAGAAGUGGCUCAGAAUACAUACACCAAUGCGGAUAAACUCCUAGAAGCAGCGGAGCAGCUGGCUCAGACUGGGGAAUGUGAUCCGGAGGAGAUCUACAAGGCAGCCCGACACCUGGAGGUGCGCAUCCAAGACUUCGUGCGCAGGGUGGAGCAGCGGAAGCUUCUCCUGGACAUGUCAGUCUCCUUCCACACACACACCAAAGAGCUGUGGACAUGGAUGGAAGACCUGCAGAAGGAGAUGUUGGAGGAUGUCUGUGCAGACUCUGUGGAUGCGGUCCAGGAACUGAUCAAGCAGUUCCAGCAGCAGCAGACCGCCACCCUGGAUGCCACUCUCAAUGUCAUCAAGGAAGGCGAAGACCUGAUACAGCAGCUCAGGUCAGCGCCUCCCUCCCUGGGGGAGCCCACCGAGGCCAGGGACUCAGCUGUGUCCAACAGCAAGACGCCCCACACAAGCUCUAUCAGCCAUAUCGAGUCUGUCCUCCAGCAGCUGGAUGAUGCUCAGGUGCAGAUGGAAGAAUUGUUCCACGAGCGGAAGAUCAAGCUGGACAUCUUCCUGCAGCUGCGCAUCUUCGAGCAGUACACCAUCGAGGUGACAGCAGAGCUGGAUGCCUGGAAUGAGGACUUGCUCCGGCAGAUGAAUGACUUCAACACGGAGGAUCUGACCCUGGCAGAGCAGCGGCUACAGCGCCACACGGAGAGGAAGCUGGCCAUGAACAACAUGACCUUUGAGGUCAUCCAGCAGGGCCAGGACCUGCACCAGUAUAUCAUGGAGGUGCAGGCCUCAGGAAUUGAGUUAAUCUGUGAAAAGGACAUUGACCUGGCAGCUCAGGUGCAGGAAUUGCUGGAGUUUCUCCACGAGAAGCAGCAUGAACUGGAGCUCAAUGCGGAGCAGACUCACAAGCGGCUGGAACAGUGUCUCCAACUGCGGCACCUUCAGGCCGAGGUCAAACAGGUUCUGGGAUGGAUCCGCAAUGGAGAGUCAAUGCUCAAUGCCAGCCUGGUCAAUGCCAGCUCUUUGUCGGAGGCGGAGCAGCUGCAGCGGGAGCAUGAACAGUUCCAACUAGCCAUCGAGUCCCUCUUUCACGCCACUUCCUUGCAGAAGACGCACCAGAGCGCCCUGCAGGUCCAGCAGAAAGCAGAGGCACUGCUCCAGGCCGGCCACUACGAUGCCGACGCCAUCCGGGAAUGUGCCGAGAAGGUGGCCCUCCACUGGCAGCAGCUUAUGCUAAAGAUGGAAGACCGGCUGAAGCUAGUUAACGCCUCUGUGGCCUUUUACAAGACCUCCGAGCAGGUGUGCAGUGUUCUGGAAAGCCUAGAGCAGGAAUACCGGAGAGAUGAGGACUGGUGCGGUGGGCGAGACAAGCUGGGGCCAGCGGCAGAGAUGGACCACGUCAUCCCGCUGCUCAGCAAGCAUCUGGAACAGAAGGAGGCCUUCCUGAAGGCCUGCACUCUGGCACGGCGGAAUGCUGAGGUGUUUCUCAAGUAUAUCCACAGGAACAACGUUAGCAUGCCCAGUGUUGCCAGCCACACCAGGGCACCCGAACAGCAAGUAAAAGCCAUCUUGAGUGAGCUCUUGCAGAGGGAGAACCGUGUCCUGCACUUCUGGACCUUGAAGAAGCGGCGGUUAGACCAGUGUCAGCAAUAUGUGGUGUUCGAGCGUAGUGCUAAGCAGGCGUUAGACUGGAUCCAAGAAACAGGAGAAUAUUACCUCUCAACACAUACCUCCACUGGAGAGACCACAGAGGAGACUCAGGAGCUACUGAAAGAAUACGGGGAGUUCAGGGUGCCUGCCAAGCAAACGAAGGAGAAGGUGAAGCUUCUGAUCCAGCUAGCAGACAGCUUUGUGGAAAAGGGCCACAUCCAUGCCACAGAGAUAAGGAAAUGGGUGACCACAGUGGACAAGCACUACCGAGAUUUCUCACUGAGGAUGGGCAAGUACCGGUACACCCUGGAGAAAGCCCUGGGAGUCAACACGGAGGAUAACAAGGACCUAGAACUGGACAUCAUCCCAGCAAGCCUUUCGGAUCGUGAGGUUAAGCUCCGGGAUGCUAACCACGAGGUCAAUGAAGAGAAGCGGAAGUCAGCUCGGAAGAAAGAAUUCAUAAUGGCGGAGCUGCUCCAGACGGAGAAGGCUUAUGUGAGGGACUUACAUGAGUGCUUGGAGACCUACCUGUGGGAAAUGACCAGUGGUGUGGAGGAGAUACCCCCUGGGAUCCUCAACAAAGAGCACAUCAUCUUUGGCAACAUCCAGGAGAUCUACGACUUCCAUAACAACAUCUUCCUCAAAGAGCUGGAGAAGUACGAGCAGCUGCCUGAGGAUGUGGGACACUGCUUUGUCACCUGGGCAGACAAAUUUCAGAUGUAUGUCACCUACUGUAAAAACAAGCCUGAUUCCAACCAGCUGAUCCUGGAGCAUGCAGGCACCUUCUUUGAUGAGAUCCAGCAGCGGCACGGCCUGGCCAACUCCAUCUCUUCCUACCUUAUUAAGCCUGUCCAGAGGGUCACCAAGUACCAGCUGCUCCUGAAGGAACUUUUAACUUGCUGUGAAGAAGGGAAAGGGGAGCUCAAGGAUGGCCUGGAGGUGAUGCUCAGUGUCCCCAAGAAAGCCAAUGAUGCCAUGCAUGUCAGCAUGCUGGAAGGGUUCGAUGAGAACUUGGAUGUACAGGGGGAGUUGAUUCUUCAGGAUGCCUUUCAAGUGUGGGACCCAAAGUCGCUGAUCCGGAAGGGGCGGGAGCGGCACCUGUUCCUCUUUGAGAUCUCCUUGGUGUUUAGCAAGGAGAUCAAAGACUCUUCAGGACACACGAAAUAUGUUUACAAGAACAAGCUACUGACCUCAGAGCUGGGUGUGACCGAGCAUGUAGAAGGCGACCCCUGCAAAUUCGCCUUGUGGUCUGGGCGCACCCCAUCCUCAGACAAUAAAACAGUGCUCAAAGCUUCCAACAUCGAAACCAAGCAGGAGUGGAUCAAGAACAUUCGAGAAGUGAUUCAGGAAAGGAUCAUCCAUCUUAAAGGAGCUUUGAAGGAGCCAAUCCAGCUCCCCAAAACACCAGCCAAACUGAGGAACAAUAGUAAGAGGGAUGGAGUAGAGGAUGGUGACAGCCAGGGGGAUGGGAGCAGCCAACCAGACACCAUAUCCAUCGCCUCCAGGACCUCUCAGAACACAGUGGACAGUGACAAGCUCUCAGGAGGAUGUGAGCUGACCGUGGUCCUCCAGGAUUUCAGCGCAGGUCACAGCAGUGAGCUGAGCAUCCAGGUGGGCCAGACGGUGGAGCUGCUGGAGCGACCAAGUGAGAGGCCCGGCUGGUGUCUGGUCCGGACCACAGAGCGGAGCCCCCCACAGGAAGGCCUGGUCCCCAGCAGCACCCUGUGCAUCUCACACUCGCGCAGCAGCGUAGAGAUGGACUGCUUCUUCCCCUUGGUGAAAGAUUCUUACUCUCAUUCCUCCGGGGAAAAUGGAGGCAAGUCCGAAUCGGUGGCCAACCUUCAGUCUCAACACUCCCUGAACUCCAUCCACAGUUCGCCCGGUCCCAAGCGCUCCACCAACACCCUUAAAAAGUGGCUAACCAGCCCUGUGCGUCGGCUCAACAGUGGGAAAGCAGAUGGAAACAUCAAAAAACAGAAGAAAGUACGCGAUGGGCGGAAGAGCUUCGACCUGGGAUCACCCAAGCCUGGGGAUGAGACAACCCCUCAGGGAGACAGCGCUGACGAGAAGAGCAAGAAGGGUUGGGGCGAAGAUGAGCCAGAUGAAGAGUCACACACACCCCUUCCUCCGCCCAUGAAGAUCUUUGACAACGACCCCACCCAGGACGAGAUGUCCUCUCUGCUAGCAGCCCGGCAGGCUUCCACUGACGUACCCACUGCUGCCGACCUUGUCAGUGCCAUAGAAAAGCUGGUCAAAAGCAAGCUGACUCUGGAAGGAGGCUCUUAUCGGGGGAGCUUGAAGGACCCCACAGGCUGCCUGAAUGAGGGGAUGACCCCUCCCACACCUCCUAGAAACCUGGAAGAAGAACAGAAAGCCAAGGCUCUGAGAGGCAGAAUGUUUGUCCUGAAUGAGCUGGUGCAGACAGAGAAGGAUUACGUCAAGGACCUGGGCAUUGUGGUGGAGGGCUUCAUGAAGAGAAUAGAAGAGAAGGGGGUCCCUGAGGACAUGCGAGGAAAGGACAAGAUGGUGUUUGGAAACAUCCACCAGAUUUAUGACUGGCAUAAAGAUUUUUUCCUGGCUGAACUGGAAAAAUGUAUCCAAGAGCAAGACAGACUGGCCCAGCUCUUCAUUAAACACGAGCGGAAGCUGCAUAUCUAUGUGUGGUACUGCCAGAACAAGCCACGCUCCGAGUACAUCGUGGCCGAAUACGAUGCCUACUUUGAGGAGGUGAAACAAGAGAUCAAUCAAAGGCUGACCCUUAGUGACUUCCUUAUCAAGCCCAUUCAGAGAAUAACCAAGUACCAGUUGCUACUCAAGGACUUCCUGCGAUACAGCGAGAAGGCUGGUUUGGAGUGUUCAGAUAUCGAGAAAGCGGUGGAGUUAAUGUGCCUUGUUCCCAAACGGUGCAAUGACAUGAUGAACCUGGGACGCCUGCAGGGCUUUGAGGGCACCCUAACGGCCCAGGGCAAGCUUCUGCAACAAGACACAUUCUAUGUGAUUGAGCUGGAUGCUGGCAUGCAGUCCCGGACCAAGGAGAGGCGUGUGUUUCUCUUUGAGCAGAUCGUCAUCUUCAGUGAACUGCUCCGAAAGGGGUCCCUCACCCCAGGCUACAUGUUCAAAAGGAGCAUCAAGAUGAAUUACUUGGUCCUGGAGGAGAAUGUUGACAAUGACCCCUGCAAGUUUGCACUCAUGAACAGGGAGACUUCAGAGAGGGUCAUUCUGCAGGCUGCCAACUCGGACAUCCAGCAGGCCUGGGUGCAGGACAUCAAUCAAGUCCUAGAAACACAAAGGGACUUCCUAAAUGCACUACAGUCACCCAUUGAGUAUCAGCGGAAGGAAAGGGGCACAGCUCUGGUCCGCUCCCAGCCUCCGAGGGUCCCACAAGCCAGCCCCAGACCCUACUCGUCUGUCCCUGUGGGCUCCGAGAAGCCCCCCAAGGGCUCCAGCUACAACCCGCCUCUGCCACCCCUGAAGCUAUCUACCUCCAAUGGCAGUCCGGGCUUCGACUACCACCAGCCUGGGGACAAGUUUGAAGCUAGCAAGCAAAACGACCUGGGAGGCUGCAACGGGACCUCAUCCAUGGCAGUAAUCAAAGAUUACUAUGCCCUGAAAGAGAACGAAAUCUGUGUGAGCCAAGGUGAGGUGGUCCAGGUCCUCGCCGUUAACCAGCAGAACAUGUGCCUGGUCUACCAGCCUGCCAGCGACCAUUCCCCGGCAGCAGAAGGCUGGGUCCCAGGCAGCAUCCUGGCACCCCUCACCAAAGCCACAGCAGUGGCAGAAAAUAGUGACGGGAACAUCAAGAAGUCAUGUUCAUGGCAUACUCUACGCAUGAGAAAGCGGGCAGAAGUGGAGAACACGGGUAAAAAUGAAGCCACAGGGCCUCGUAAACCCAAGGAUAUUCUGGGCAACAGAGUCUCUGUUAAAGAGACGAACAGUUCCGAGGAGUCUGAGUGUGAUGAUCUUGACCCUAAUACUAGUAUGGAGAUCUUAAAUCCGAAUUUCAUCCAAGAAGUGGCUCCAGAAUUCCUCGUGCCCUUAGUAGAUGUGACCUGCUUGCUUGGAGACACGGUGAUACUGCAGUGCAGAGUCUGUGGGCGGCCGAAGCCCACCAUCAUCUGGAAGGGUCCGGACCAGAACAUCCUAGACACUGACAACAGUUCAGCCACGUCCACCAUCUCCUCCUGUGAUUCUGGGGAAAUCACCCUCAAGAUCUGCAACCUGAUGCCCCAAGACAGCGGCAUUUAUACCUGCAUAGCAACAAAUGACCACGGAACCGCAUCCACGUCAGCUACAGUUAAGGUGCAAGGUGUUCCCGCAGCCCCCAACCGCCCCAUCGCGCAGGAGAGGAGCUGCACCUCCGUCAUCCUCCGCUGGCUGCCUCCGGCCAGCACUGGGAACUGCACUAUUUCGGGGUACACUGUGGAGUACCGCGAGGAAGGUUCCCAGGUCUGGCAGCAGUCCGUAGCUUCAACCUUGGACACUUACCUCGUCAUUGAAGACCUUAGUCCUGGAUGCCCUUAUCAGUUCCGGGUCAGUGCCAGCAACCCUUGGGGAAUCAGCCUCCCCAGUGAAGCCUCGGAGUUUGUGCGCCUUCCAGAGUACGAUGCAGCCGCUGAUGGUGCCACCAUUUCUUGGAAGGAAAAUUUUGAUUCUGCUUACACCGAACUGAACGAGAUUGGCAGAGGCCGGUUCUCUAUUGUGAAGAAAUGCAUCCACAAAGCUACCCGCAAAGACGUUGCUGUGAAAUUUGUGAGCAAGAAAAUGAAGAAGAAGGAACAGGCUGCCCACGAGGCUGCCCUGCUUCAGCACCUGCAGCACCCCCAGUAUGUCACUCUCCAUGACACCUACGAGUCCCCCACGUCCUACAUCCUGAUAUUGGAACUGAUGGAUGAUGGCCGACUCUUGGACUACCUUAUGAAUCAUGAUGAGCUGAUGGAAGAGAAAGUAGCUUUCUAUAUCCGAGACAUCAUGGAAGCUCUGCAGUACCUCCAUAACUGCAGGGUGGCACACUUGGAUAUAAAGCCUGAAAACUUGCUCAUUGACCUCCGGAUCCCAGUACCUCGAGUGAAGCUCAUCGACUUGGAAGAUGCUGUCCAGAUCUCAGGCCACUUCCACAUCCACCAUCUGCUGGGGAAUCCGGAAUUCGCUGCCCCAGAAGUGAUCCAAGGCAUCCCUGUCUCCCUGAGUACAGACAUCUGGAGCAUCGGGGUUCUGACGUAUGUCAUGCUUAGUGGGGUCUCCCCCUUCUUAGAUGAGAGCAAAGAGGAGACCUGUAUCAAUGUGUGCAGGGUGGAUUUCAGCUUCCCUCACGAGUACUUCUGUGGCGUGAGCAACGCUGCCAGGGAUUUCAUCAAUGUCAUCUUACAGGAAGACUUCCGGAGGCGGCCCACGGCAGCCACGUGCCUGCAGCAUCCGUGGCUGCAGCCCCACAAUGGCAGCUACUCCAAGAUCCCCCUGGACACCUCCCGCCUGGCCUGCUUCAUAGAGCGCCGCAAGCACCAGAACGACGUGCGGCCCAUUCCCAAUGUCAAGAGUUACAUCGUCAAUAGGGUGAACCAAGGGACCUAGCCAUCCCCCAGCCCCUGAGGUUUCACAUAGAAGUGCCAUGUGAACCAAAGCAAGACUGAAAGUGUCUGUAAAUAGCUGUGUUCAUCAUUUCACUCCAUGUGGUUCUCUGGAUUAAGAGGUGGUUCCCUUAAACCUUGUCUGUGGUUCCGCGGGGUCCGAGUGGCAGAAGAGUGACCCUAAUCCCAGGAGCAUUCCAGAAGGUUCUGCCGAAGAAGUAAACAUGCAGAGCUGCAGGAAGUAUUAAAGAGGAAGGGCAAGGCUGACAAGAUAGUAGUCAGUAGAAAAUGUUAAUUGUACAUUCCAAAAUGGGUGGUUAAGUGGGCAAGCCGUCUACCACACCGUGAGGAGGAUAGUCGGUUUCUGACUCCAUUGAAAAUUUACGCUAAAAGUUCUAUUUAACAGAGAUGUCAACUAUUCUGCUUUAGAUGGCUUAGAUAUAGUUUCUUAACAGGAUACAUAUACACAUACAGUAUACUAGAUCCCAUUCAGGUUUCAGAGUUUUAUAAUAUAGAGUUCUAUAUGAAAUCAAUCCUAGGUAACUUUGAGUGCUCCCGUUAAGACAGUAAUUUAUUUACCGAAGCAUUGCAUUAUUUUGACUAAGCACAAUUAGACGACAAGUUUUUUAGAGCAUUUUAUAAAUCUUGUAUAGAAAUCUUUUAUCAGAACCUGUGUAUUAAGAGAAAGCAAUGUGACCCUUUUGAGAUCUGUGAAUGAGAUAUUGUCCCCCUCCAUCAUGGGUUGUUUGAGUAAGAGAGGUUCUGUUUAUCAAAAGUUCCCCCUGAACUCUCUGAUCGCUCAGAGUUCUUCCUGUGGGAAAGCCGGGAAAUAGGUCCAAAUCUAGUAAGAGUUGGGGGGUUGUUUUUUAUGUCCACACCAGGCCUGACGUAGGUAGAUGGAAAUCACGAGUCCAUACAAAAGGGCACAUAGAAACUUUUCCUACAGCUCCUGUGCACCACGUAGCAGUUCUUUCUGGUCACACAGCUGUAGAAUACGGUUUCCUGAAAGUUAGCUUGCUUUAUUCCUAACCCCUCAUGAAGCUUCGGGGUGCUUACCAAAAGGAGGCAGCCAUAUAAGCCUUUUAAAGGCUAGUCCUAAGUCCUUUCUCAAGCCAUGGAGCAAAGCCCGACCCAGCACUCUAACACAGCAUGGGUUCUUAACUGGGAUAGCAAUACCUAACACCACACAGCCACCAACGUCUCUGGACUAAAAGGAUUAACUGCAUUCGAGGCCAAUGCUGCUUUCUCCAUACACAAUUAUUCACUGCCCGGUGCCCUCUGGAGGGAAAACAAAUUAACCAGGGCACUUCAUGGGUUUUGGUUUGGUUUUUUGUUUGUUUGUUGUUGUUUUUUUUUGUUGUUGUUGGAGGGGGUGGGGGAGUUUUUGUUACUUUGUGUUUGUACAUGAUCCACCCUUUGUUUUCUAGAGUGUGUUUUUAAAAAUGUUUUUAUGCAAAUAAUAUUCUAAAAAUAUAACUCAAGUGUUUGUGUAAAGCAGGCUUCAUGUCCUCGUGUCUCUCCUGCUAGAGGGAUUGAGAACCCGAAAUCGUGUAGCACAAAGUGCAAUCGGAGAAUCUGGGGAGGGAAAGGAAGCUGCAAAACUGUUUUAACUAUUUCAAGAAGAAAUGAUGGGAACAGUCUGAACUUUUUGUAUAAAAACACGUAUUCCCAUGAUGGAAAUAGAGAAUUAAAAUACUCAUUUUUCCACCCACCCCCAUUGGUUUCAAAGCCAAAUUACUCAUCACCCACCCUCCAUCUCAUCUCAUCUCAUCCAAGAUUAUAGAGUAAUAAAUUAGUGGAAAGCAAAAGCAAUAAGAUUAGCUAGUACCUAGUACUUUGGGGAUUAACCAAAUAUGUGGAAACCGACUCUGACUGUAUAGUUUCCUGGUCUUCGGGUGGCCCUGGGUCAUCAAGCCUCACUCCCACAGAGCUUGCUAACCCUCCACAUUCUUCACCUAAACCAUGAUGUAUACACACAUAUAAAAGCAUAUGCUAUGGUAUUUAAAACAUGCUUACUAAAGUCUUUAUGAUGAAGUGUAGCAUGAGGGAGGAAGGCCUGGGCCCAGAGGGCUUGCUGUGGGAUAAAGUGCAGCCUCUGAGGACUCCAGAGACCCAAAAAGUGACAUGGCCAGGUCUGUUCUGUCCAUUAUGGCUGCCUUGAGAGAGGGGCUUCUUGUGGCGUCACUUAGGAUUGUUAUGACUGGCUGAGUUUCUGCUAGGGAGGAAAAGAGCCCAGGACAGUGACGUUCAGAUGCCACAGAAAGGCCAUAUUGAACGCACGUUGUGAGGUGACAGAAUGCUAGGCAGAGCCAAAGUUUUCACAGCACGCUUGUGUCAGGGUUGGGGUGGUCCAGAUGUGGAGCUGCAUGAAGUCGUCUCGAGUACACAGGGAAGACAGGAAAGGAUGAGGGGCAGCCCAAAUACAGCCGUUAGAACAGGGCAAGUGUCAGCGAGGUCGUGAGAGAGAGAGGGGACACACUUUCUAUUUGAGGACUGAAAUGAACAGGGAGGUCCCUAGCCACAAAAGCACCUGGUCCCUCCAACAGGGAACAAGAUGGUUUCUGCUCAAUAAUUCUCCCUAACAAGCUGGGAAUUAGGAACAAUCCCAUUGAGGGGGCUAGGAAAUAAAGAAGAACCGGGAGCCCCGCUCCUGCACCUGUUUUGGCAGGGUGGUUUGUUACUAAGAAGAGGGGAGAGGAGAGAAAAUCUCCCACCCCUACCACCAUCCCAGUUGUUCUUACUGAGUGAACUGCCAGCCCCCAGGUUCCUCGUCUGGCGUGUAUUCAUCAUUUUUAGCUCCUUGGUUUUAUGUUAAAAGGGUGGGGUACAGAGUGAUGGGAAAGAUCAGGGCCAACCCACGAUCCUGAUGAGAAAUCUAAUAAUGUGUUGCGCCUUUUACAUUCGCUUCAAAUGAAGCAGAUUUCUCUCCACUUAGACCUGAAUGUGGUAAAAACUGCUAAGAACAACUUUGUGAUGUGUGAUGUAUCCUGCAGGUCUCUCCCAGCCACUGUCAACCUGAGUGGGGGUGGAGGAGGCCGAGGGGAAAGCUGGCCUCCCAGCUUUGUGCUUUGCAAAGCCUUUACAGAUAGUAGUGCCUUUUGGAGGGGCGGUGGGGAGUGAAGACAUCCGAUUGCAUUUGGAUUUGCUGAUGCUGCAGUAUUUUUUCCUUAGGUUUAAGAUAUCUUUUAAGCGAAAACAUCUGAAUGUAGGGCGGGACCAGGUGUUUUUGAGUACCGAUCUCAGCUAUCCCAAAUUUCGUUCUUUCUUGUUUCUGCCCCAUGUUCCCAUUGAUAAGAUAGAAUUUGGGGAGAUGGAGAGAGAACAUUCAUCUCUUAAGAAUGUUGAGGAAGAUGUCCUAGCUGACACAUCUAUAAAAUAUUUUUGAUUUCCUUAAAGUGCUACACACUGCCAGUGGUAGAAUUUUAUUAACAAUAACUUUGAACAUUCCAGUUUCCCACAGUCUUAUCUUCAGAUUCCAUUUACAAACUCACGAGGUUAAACGCUGUCGAUUGCUUUUUAUUGGAAGUUCCAGGUGCUCCUCGUCUACAUGUUAUUUGGUCUCAUUUUAUAAUCUCCACCCUUUAAGAGCUUCUCUACAGAAAAGAUUAGGAGAGCUGCUGAGGACAUGAAGGUCCAUAAGCCGUUUUCUCCAGUAUUUCUUAUGGUAGACAUGAGAAUCUGACGCCUUCCAAGACAGCCAGCCCUUCCCUCUCUUCCCAAGCUAUAUAGAAAAACUGUGUGAAGAACCCAAACAGUUACUUUCCUCACCGGGAGGGCAGAUGUGAGGAUCGAACACCCUCCCAUGUCCCAAUUUGUUUCUUUAGAGUCUCACAAGAAUCUUCUAGAAAAGGCAAGUGGUUUGCAAGGGGGUAGGGAGAAGAUGGAUGGGACUUAGAGAAGGAGAGCUUAGGCUCUGGGCUUUCGAGACUAAUCUUCUCUCGUUGCCAAACCUCCAUGCCUGGGAGUCACUCGUUACUUUCUUUUUUCAUGACUAUCUGGAAGAACUUGGAAAAAAUGUAUCUGUGAAAAUAUGAGGGAGAAAAUGCGAUACAAAGUAAACAGUGGUUAUUUUUCUAUGUUAAAUGAAACUCUCUCCUCUAGUCCCAAGAGAGGGGAAAUACACUGAACACAAAGGGUCUCUGUAGUAGGCAUGGUACCCGCACAUCACCUCCUACGGCAGCCCAUGAAUUGUACUGGGUGAGUUUUGAGGAAUGUAGACCGUGCUCCUUUGUUGCCUGGGUAACAUUCCAAUGGAGUCUGGAUGAGGCAAGCAUCUACAAGCUUUCGAGAGAUUUAUUUGUAAAAAGCACCUCAUGAGUUUUCUUUUCUAUUUAAAAACCUAAAUACCUUUAGGGGAGGAAUUAUUACAGCCAGGAUAGGCUAAAGGCAAAGCUCACAUGGAGUUCGCCAACAGAAAAGAAGGUACUAUGAUAGUCAUUUUCUGAAAACCACAAGGCUCUCAUCAUCAUUCAUUCUAAAGAGCUCAGAGGGGCUGGAAUUUGUCCAGAAACUUAGAUGCUUUGAUAGGAAAUGUUUUUCAUGAAAAAUCUAUAUGGAAAUAGAGUACAGAAAUAUUAUAUGGCCACAUUUUUUUAUGAAAGACAUUUUCUCUUAUUUUUUAAUAUAGGUUGAAGUUAUAGGAGAAUAUAGUCAUUCUACUACAGUGCUUUAAUCUUUAAAAGAUAUUAAUUAAAAGCCUAAAAUUAGCGCUCCUAGGCUAUUGUCUUUUCUUAUCAGUCUGUUUGUUAAGAAAUUCCAAACUGUGGUCAGGUUUCGUUUUUAUCCAAAUGACCAACCUAACAGUUUAGUCAGAUAAACCUCCUUCAGCGAACGGGGAAGAGCAAGAAAACAUGUAAAUAGCAAGUCUUGGAAUUCCUGAGAAUUAAUUUAACCAAGCCAAUUUGCCAGUCCAGGGAGAGGAGGUUUUCCCGCUUCCAUUAAGAACUAAGUUCGAAUCCUGGAGUCCCUGGAGACCAUUACUGUGACCUCAAAGACCGUGGCUAUGAACCUGAAGUUAACAAAGCAUUUGUCUUCUCCUACUAACUUAAGCCAUAACUAUCACCUCCGUGUUCAAUUUCUUUUGUUUUUAUUUUUUUACCCCUGGUGCUUUUACUUCUGUUUCUGCCAAACUUCAGACUACUGUGAGGAAGUAAAAAAAAACUGGAAAAGGGACAAACAGGAAGACUGUGAAAAACUAAACACACCCUUGAGAAUGCUAUUUAUGCAGAGAAUAGCAGCAGUUAAGGGCAAACUGUUGGCAAAUAUGGAUAUAUGUACAUCUGUACAUGUAUAUAGUGUAUAAUAUGUAUGUAUAUGUGAUUGCUCAUAUGCAGAAAUCUAUCCAUUUGCAGGCAGCCCAGGUGGGUCAGUUUUUCUACUGGAAAACCAUUUAGGACCAUUCAAAACCAUUAGGGAUAAGAUGUGGAGAAGUCUAUUCACAUGGGGACUAAUUUGAUGUCUUUCGAAGUCCAUAUGGCCAAACGAACAAAUUAUGAAACACAUUGGGACCAUUAUUUAUGUGAUUCUGUUUACUCAGAAUUCUAUAUUUGAAUUCGUGUGUGUGUGUGUGGUUUGUUUUUGUUGUUGUUUUAUUUUUGCUGUUGUUGUUUUGAGGCAAGGUCCCUCUGUGUAGUCCUGGCUAUCCUGGAACUCACUCUGUAGGCCAGGCUGGCCAGAGACCUUCCUGCCUCUGCCUCCCAAGUGCUGAGAUUAAAGGCAUACACCAUCAUGCCCAACCUAUAUUUGAAUUUUAAUAUCUGAUUUGCAAACCGUGCCCACACUUCAUGGUUUUGAGUGAUCCCUUCCCCCAAAGUCUUUUGGGAAUUUGUGGUGGGUUCCUCUGGCCAUUCAGCUAAAAGGCCUUAUUCAUAAGCGGACAGGUUUCCCCAUAGGGACCAUUACACAUAUACAUAUAAGUACCUGCUUCCACCAGGCUUGUGACAGUUGAUUCAAAAUCACUCCGCAGUAUUGGUAAAUAGCUCUAUAUUUUCAAGGUGCAGAAGAAUUCCACAGCCUUAAUUAUUUCAGUGUCUUGCUGGUCUGCCUUAAGUGUAUCUUCUGGGGUUUGGGGUUUUGGUUGUUUUAUUAUUUUAAAUCUUCCUGCAGUUAUUCAUUUUGUAUGUACACAAUGUUGUUUUGUAAAGGUAGGUUGUAAAUAUUUUAUUUGUAAGUCGGGUCCCUUCCGUGUAAUGUUGUAAAGUGCCGACCUGCUGUCUUGUUAUGAUUACUGCAGUACACGUUAUAAGUUGUGGAUGAAGUUUCAAAAUGUACAUUUCACAUGUUAUGCAUUCCUAUAAAUAUAAUAUACUGAAGAUACUA